CAAACUUUUGAAGGAAGCGGCGGAAGAUUUUCCGAGAGGUCCCUGAAAGCCUCAGCCUGACGUCACCAGGUUAAGAUCUCGCGGAAUUACGCCGCCCCUGGUUGAUUGUCUAGGCUGCUGUGGGCUGGGAUCUCGCGGUGUUUCGCUGCUGACGGAGGACAGCGGAGAUGUUUGGAGUUUUUUAAUAUAAAUUUAUUUAUUUAAAUAAAAAUGGCCGCCGCGGAGCGCGGAGCGGACAGACUGGAGGAGGGACAAGAAGGCGAAGAGGGAGACCCCCAACCCUCAACCAGACAGAGAGACAGGUCACACAGUAAGACAAAGAAGCCACGCAGGGAGCGCCGUCAUGGUGACCAGGGGGCUGAGUCCACUGCCUCAACCACCCCGUCAGCAGUUAGUGAACAGCCACAGGUGGGGGCGGAGCCACAGAGCCAGGUGGUAGAGCCAGUGGCGGGACCCUCAGACCAAGGGUCCGAGUCUGCAGGCUCUCCCAGGCAACGCCGCUCCAUCAUUCGAGACCGAGGGCCAAUGUACGAUGACCCGUCGCUGCCUGAAGGCUGGACCCGCAAACUGAAACAGAGAAAGUCUGGACGAUCUGCGGGGAAGUUUGAUGUCUACCUGAUCAACUCGGAGGGAAAGGCAUUUCGUUCAAAGGUGGAACUCAUUGCCUACUUUGAGAAGAUUGGUGACAAACAGACCGAUCCCAAUGACUUUGAUUUUACUGUCACGGGGCGCGGAAGCCCAUCCCGUCGUGAAAAGCGCCCUCCCAAAAAACCAAAAGUGGUGAAACCAUCAGGACGAGGCCGAGGGCGGCCCAAAGGCAGUGGAAAAAUGCGUCAGGCCACUGAGGGUGUGGCCAUGAAGCGAGUGGUUGAGAAAACUCCAGGAAAGCUGCUGGUUAAAAUGCCUCUUGGCAAGGCAGAGUCCUCCUCUGGAACCACAUCAAAGGUGGUGUCUCCUACCGCAGUGCCCAAGUCCCGGCCAGGCAGAAAGAGAAAAUCAGAACAGGACCUUCCACCUCCACCCAAGGCCGCUCCCAAAAAACGAGGAAGGAAACCAGGAUCAACCUCUGCACCAUCAUCAGUCACUGCUGCAUCCACGUCUUCAACCACAGCCUCUGGUAGCUCAACAGCUGGAAGCUACACUGCAGCUGCCAUUAUGGUGGCUGAAGCCAAAAGGAGAGCAGCUAAGGAGUCUUCCACUAAACCUGCUGUCCAGGAAACAGCUCUGCCAAUCAAAAAGCGCAAAACAAGAGAAACUGUGGAAGAGAUGGAGAGUGUUCAGGCUCCACUGGUUACACCUGCUGAGACUGGAAGCACCGGUGCAGCACAGGAAAAGGGAGGGAAGGUGGAGGGAGGUCCAAGCUCAGACCCAAAGCCUACAUCCACUGUAGGAAGCCAGUCAGAGAAGCAACCUUCUGCUUCAGAUGAGAGCCAUUCCCAUGGACACAAGUCACAUAAGUGCCAGAAGCACAAGGAAAAAAGAGAAUCUGGAGAUGAAGGAAGCAAAGGAAAGGAUGUUGGUGAAAAUGAAGGAGGGGGUGGAAGGAGUAGCAGCAGUAGUAGCAUCAUCCCUUCAAAAAGCCACAAAAGGAAGGAACGACAACCUCAUAAACACCAUCAUCACCACCACCAUCACCACCACCAUCAUCGCCACCAACAGUCCUCUGGCUCACCAUUAGAUCACCCGCCUCCUCUAACAGUUUCUGAAUCACCUCCUAGCCAACCCAGGCCUGAAGCUGAUCCCCAGACUGUGCCUCAUCAAACCCCUGAAAAAAAGGUUCCCCCCAAACCACACCAAAAGUCUGUGCCUCGGCCCCCUCCUGAAUCUCUGCAACCUGUUUCUCCACCACACCACCAGCCCCAUUCCUGUCCCCAUACCUCGUUACCCAGUCCACCACAAGCCCAUAGUCUGCAAGUAUCCCAGUCAUCCCCCACCAGACAUUUACUGCCUGAGGCACAGUCCCUACAACCCCAAAUCCAAACCCCUAGUCACCCAUUGUCUACCAACCAGUCAGCCCAGUCACUCUCCACAGCCCAGCACCAAAGCCACCAUCAGACUCUACAUGAUCCACCCAAGUCCCCACCUAUUCUGCAUGCUCAGCCAUCUCAAACUAGGCAUUCACAAUCACAGGUCCAGUCCUCCACUGCACUCCAGCCUCAGAUCCAGCCUAGACAUUUGCCUCAUAUCCAAUCCCAGAUUAAACAAUCCCACCCUCAGACCUCAGUUCAGCCCCAACUCCGACCCCAGCCAAGAAUUCAAACACAACCUCAGUCACAAUCCCAAACCAAGACACCACCCAAGACACCACCCAAACUUCAGUCCCAAUCACAGGCAACAAUUGAGAUGCAACAACAGACUCAAUCCCAAGACAGAUUACCUACACAGAUUCAAAGUCAACCCCAGACCAGGCCUCCGACACAAAUUCAGAGUUUACGUCAGACUAGGACACCAACACAAGUCCAGAGUCAACCCCAGACUAGGACACCAACACAAGUCCAGAGUCAACCCCAGACUAGGACACCAACACAAGUCCAGAGUCAACCCCAGACUAGGACACCAACACAAGUCCAGAGUCAACCCCAGACUAGGAUUCCAACACAAGUCCAGAGUCAACCCCAGACUAGAAUACCAACACAAGUCCAGAGUCAACCCCAGACUAGGAUUCCAACACAAGUCCAGAGUCAACCCCAGACUAGGACACCAACACAAGUCCAGAGUCAACCACAGACUAGGACACCAACACAAGUCCAGAGUCAACCCCAGACUAGGAUUCCAACACAAGUCCAGAGUCAACCCCAGACUAGAAUACCAACACAAGUCCAGAGUCAACCCCAGACUAGGAUUCCAACACAAGUCCAGAGUCAACCCCAGACUAGGACACCAACACAAGUCCAGAGUCAACCCCAGACUAGAAUACCAACACAAGUCCAGAGUCAACCCCAGACUAGGACACCAACACAAGUCCAGAGUCAACCACAGACUAGGAUUCCAACACAAGUCCAGAGUCAACCCCAGACUAGGAUUCCAACACAAAAUCAAAGCCAACUGCAGACUAGGGUUCCAGCUCAACCUCAUCCUCACUUGCAAUCUGGCCUUCAGGUUUUGCCUCAGACUCGUAUGAGACAGACCUUGCAACACCAGGUCCCAAAUCCGCAUAGAGCUCCACCCAGUCAAUGUCCCGCCCAGCCUAGGCCACCCAUUCCCCAGUCCCAAACACAUCCACACUUUCAAAGCUUUCAAACCCAGUUGCAUCCCCAGUCCCUUUCUCAACACACAAGGCUACAUGCGCAGAACCUUGUUUCUCACAGACCAUCAUCAUCCAGCCACGCCCAUCCCAUUCCCGUCCCUGCUCAGCAGAACCAGAGUGAACAGCCACAGGACCUGAGCACCACACGGCCUGCCCUGGAGAGCCAGUUCCCAAGAAGAGACGCCAGCAUGGAGGGCAUCAGGAUGGAGGGAAGAGGAGAGAUGCUCUCAGCAUCAGAUACCAGAGAAGUUUUAGGAGGUGAAAGAGGGUCAAACAGCACAUCAAGACCUUCCAGCUCUGUGCCACCUGGAGUAGCAGGGUCCAGUCUUGUGCCUGGAGCAGACGGUAGGGCUCGACUGAGGGUGGAGCCAGAGGCAGCAGGUGACAGCAAGGAGCUCAGAGACAUUGUCCCACAGUCCACCGUUCCCCGUCCCAGCUGUGAGGAAACCGUGGAGUCGCGAACUGCUGUCAGUGAAAGAGUCAGCUGAUUGGUUGGUCAGGUGGAAGGCAAGCUGAUUGGUGACCUUAUAGACGAGUCGACCCCAGACGGAGGAGUAUGGCCGCGCUGUUCAUGGAGAUGUUUGGACCUCACUCUGUUUUCAAACAGAAGCUGGAAGAACCGUCACAGUUUCUACUGUUGGAUUCUGUCUGGAGACUUUGUGAAGUUGUAGGAGGUACAGCCAGUUGGCGCUGAAGGACAGAUCAAGAGGGGAACGAAUAGAGUCUUUUUCUAGAAGAAAACAAAUGAAAAGGAAAAAUAAGAAAAAGUGUGUGUGUGUAUAUAAUCUAAAGGCAGCUGUUGCAUCCUGUUAGUCUCCAUACGGAGGUGGAGAGUAGUUUGGAACUAAAAACCGUCGCUUAACAACACAUUACUCUGAUAAAAUGUUGCUUCCGGAAUAUAACCUGUUUUUUAUUUAGUAGUUGGUUGUUUUGUCUUUGUUAUACAGCUUUAAGAAGUAAUAUUACCAACAGCCCUGACUCUAACAUGGCCCACGGUGACUGACAGUCCUUUCCUCAAACCAGUCCUUGACUGAAAGUCUACGAGGCAAUGCGCCGCGGCGGUUUGCACCUUAAAUUGGUUUCUUAAAAAUUUCUCAUCUUUAUUUUUCAAAGUUUUCCAUGAAACCCUAAAAAGCAGAGGCUUUCUUUUAGUGUUCUCAGUUCUUGCGCUUGUUCUUGCCUCUCGCCAUUUUGCCUGAGAUCAAAAGUGUUAAAGUUCUCAGUCCUCUUCCAGAUUUCCUCAGAUGUGUCAUGAAUCUGGAAGCAGCUGGAACCCCGACGGCCUGAUUCAGAAGGAUUUCAACAGCUUGAGGAGUUCAUGGUUCCUCUCAGCUGAUUUAGGAUCUGAUGAAUCCGGCCGAUAAGAAAAGCUGCUCAUUGGUGUUUCAACAUUUCCAGUUCAGCCAGUUCUUCCAGGAUUUUUCCUAAACUGGUCUUCAUGGACUUGUAUGUUUCUCUCAAAUUUUGUUUCUACCGUGAGCACUUUUGAUAUCAAACCAAACCCAUGCCUACAGUAGCUUUAUUUGAGUUCUUUUGAUAAUGAAUGUGUGGGAAAGGACCCAUUCUAAAUGUGUCUUUACGUCAGAUGUCUGGAACAGUUUGCACAUCUCAACUUCAUACAAUCAACCCCCUGCAUGUCGCUCAGAGACCCUGCAGGCCUUCAACCGGGGUCCGUGUUCGCAGAGGCCAACCUGGCUCAGCUUCACGGUCCAGGUCUAACCAGGAAAGGUGAUUCCGAUGGAUCCGGCUGUGCAGAGAGGACGGGACUGUGGGCUUUUCCCUUCAGAUCUGAGAGUCACAGUUAGGAGGUAUCGGGAUGCUUUCUGAGCUGCAGUCUUGAAAUGGUUUGAUCAGUUCUUGUUGCUGAUGACUCAGGCACUCACUGCGCUGAGAUUCCUUGGCACCUUUACUGCCGAAUCCACACGGUGUUUCAGGCGUUCUUAACAAACCCGCAGAUGGUAUCAGAAGGAAAUGUUUGGCUAGUUCUUGCUCUGUGGUCGUUUAGUGUCUGACCAACAGCCCAAUCUCACCACUAAGGACAUCCAGCAACACCUUCAGUUCAAUCAUCUGUAUUGCUGUUACUCCGACUGCACCAAGUUCACCAGGAACGUCUAACACCUCCAGUCUGAAAACAGACAUCGUGAGACGCCACUCUGUUUCCAUCAAUGUUUUUUCAUGUCCGUUUUGAAGUGUCGCAUUAGAAAAGGUUGAUGGAAAUGCUAAAAUUCAAAAUAACUUCCUCAAUUUCCCAAACAACUUUUUAUGCUCGCGUCAGGUGAUUUUUGGCUCUUCUGAAAAAGAGUUAAUGCGCUAAAGGAGAGAUGGAAGCAACAAACUUUCCUAUCCACAGUUCGGUUUGUGUUUUACCAGAGGUACGAAACCUGGAGAAAUUCAAAAGUCCAGGCCUCCAGCACAAAGUGGAGGACUAUUUUUUUCUGAGAUGUGCGGUCCAUGCUAGUUUAUAACCUCUACUUCCUGCUCAUUCGCGCCAUGCGUAGUGUCAACAUCUGAUGAAAUAACGCUUUGAGUAACUUGGAUGCUCGAGUCCCGUCCUCCAGAGCUACCGUCCUGCAACUUGUAGAUACAUCGUCACUCCAACAGAGCGGCAUCGGCUCUGAACAGGCCUGGGAACCAGCCAGUCGUUGGUUCAGGUGUGCUGGAGCAGGGAAGCGUCUGAAAGCUGCAGGCCGGCUCUGGACGACUGGACCUGAGCGGUCCUGCUAUGGCCUGAAUGAUUCAGGGAUAAUUUGUUUUUCUUUUUCUUUGUUGCAACAUUUCCAAUUUGCAUGAUGUAAUUCCCCAUCGCAUCACAUAGACUUUCCUCAAAAGUAAUCAUGUAGAUAUGUAAACUGGACAGUGGCAGUGGACUAGUUCAAGCAAAAUAUCAACAUUUCUGUCUGAAUAAACAUCUUUGGUCAGGCGCUGACUUUGGCUCUUGGAUGAAGUUUGUGGGCCGUCGGCGUCUCUGAGGGAUUAUUCUGUAGAAUCAUCACGCAGAAACCAACACGUCUUCAGGAAGUCAACAGAUGACCUGUGACCUGCUGGGGCUUCCUGUUAGGGUUCUGUGACUCUCUGACCUGAACCUCCCAGUCUCUCUUGGUUCUGGAUCCAGUGACCCGGCUCGCUGUGAGCCCCUUUAGCGUAGCCCGGCCUCUGCCAGCUGCUCGCCACCGCAGAAACGUUCCUCUCUGAUUGGACCCACUCCACUGACUGGACCCAGCACAAUCUACAGUAACCAGCCACCAUAUUGCAUGUUCCAGAGUUUAGUGCCUAUAUUAAUAAUAAUAAUAAUAAUAUUGUGUGUCUUGCCAGAAGCCACCAUGUCAGCCGAGCCAUGUUGUGUUUCUAGACCUUAGUAGUAAUGUGUGUGGUGACUUCAUAGUUGCUAAUAUUGAGGAUGAAUAUUCUGCUUUUACUCUGGUUGGAAUUCAGUGAAGCUCCAGAAAACACCGUCGCUGUAGAAGAAACUAGUUUUUACCUGUUUUCUUAUUUUUGUUUCUAACUAAAACCAUUUGUUGUCCCUGA